AUUGAGCUUUCUUAAGGAAUAGCAAGUCCAUUCCAAUGCUCUUCAUGUGAACCAAACACCACCUUAGAGCAAAAGGAUCUCUCAUCUCAGCUCAAAGUUUCAUUCAUAUUUCUUCUUCACUCCUUAUCGUCUUCGUCUUCCUCAAGGUUUCUGGGAUCUUCGAAUCGGUAGCGCGUUUCUAUAAUGGCCCACCUCGGCGGUGGUGCGGAGGCUCACGCCCGAUUCAAGCAGUAUGAGUAUCGGGCCAACUCUAGUCUGGUGCUCACCACAGACUCCCGGCCUCGCGAUACUCACGAGCCCACUGGAGAGCCUGAAACUCUUUGGGGGAAAAUCGAUCCUAAAAGCUUCGGUGAUAGGGCUUACAGAGGGAGGCCACCGGAGUUGGAUGAGAAAUUGAAGAAAUCUAAGGAGAAGAAAAAGAAAGAGCGUGACCCUCUUGCUGAACCUGGUCUGGUUCGUCAGGCUAAGAGACGCCGGCUUCAGGAGGAGAGUGUUCUUACUACUACGGAAGAAGGGGUUUAUCAGCCUAGGACGAAGGAGACUCGUGCUGCUUACGAGGCUAUGCUUAGUGUGAUUCAGCAACAGUUGGGUGGGCAGCCGUUGAGUAUUGUUAGUGGUGCAGCGGAUGAGAUUUUGGCUCUUCUUAAGAAUGAUGUUUUGAAAAACCCUGAAAAGAAGAAAGAGAUUGAGAAGUUAUUGAAUCCUAUUCCUAAUCAGGUGUUUGAUCAGUUGGUUUCUAUUGGUAGACUUAUUACUGAUUUUCAAGAUGGGAGUGAUGCUGCAGAUUCGACUGUGACUAAUGGUGUUGAUGAUGCUCUUGAUAAAGAUAUCGGUGUUGCUGUUGAGAUUGAGGGUAAUGAGGAUGAUGAUGAAGAGAGUGAUCUUGAUAUGGUCCAAGAGGAAGAUGAUGAGGAUGAUGAUGAUGUGGCAGAGCCUAAUGAAUCUGGGGGUAUGCAAAUGGGGGCUGGGGUUGAUGAUGAUGAUAUGCGGGAAGCGAAUGAGGGUAUGACUCUUAAUGUCCAGGAUAUUGAUGCUUAUUGGCUGCAGAGGAAAAUUUCUCAAGCUUUUGAGCAACAGAUUGAUCCACAACAGUGCCAGAACGUUGCUGAAGUGGUGCUUGGGAUUCUAGCUGAGAAAGAUGAUAUGGAGGUUGAAAACAAACUGGUGCUGGAACUUGAGUAUCAGAAGUUUGAUCUCAUUAAAUUUCUGCUGCGAAAUCGGCUGAAGAUUGUGUGGUGUACACGUUUGGCUAGGGCUGAGGACCAAGAGGAGAGGAAGAAAAUUGAGGAGGAAAUGGUUCAGUUGGGUCCUAAUUUGGCUGCAAUUCUUGAACAGUUGUAUGCCACCAGGGCCACUGCUAAAGAGAGGCAAAAGAACUUGGAGAAGAGUAUUAGAGAGGAAGCUCGAAGAUUGAAGGAUGAGAGUGGUGGAGAUCCUGAAAGGAGUAGGAGAGUUGACAGAGAUUCAGAUAGUGGUUGGUUGAAGGGUCAAUUGCAGCUCCUUGAUCUUGAUAGCCUUGCUCUUCAACAUGGUAGACUUUCUUCAAAUCAUAAAUGUAUCCUUCCUGAUAAAUCAUUCAGACAAGCAGGUAAAGGGUAUGAAGAAAUUCAUGUUCCAGCAUUGAAGCCAAAACCUUUUGAUCCUGAGGAGAAGCUUAUAAAGAUAUCUUCCAUGCCCGAGUGGGCACAACCGGCUUUCACAGGGAUGACCCAGUUGAACAGGGUGCAGAGCAAGGUGUAUGAGACUGCUCUUUUCAAGCCAGACAACCUUCUUCUUUGUGCUCCCACUGGGGCAGGAAAAACUAAUGUUGCAGUGCUCACCAUUCUUCAACAGCUCGGGUUGCACAUGAAUAAGGAAGAUGGCACAAUAAACCACAACGAUUACAAGAUUGUAUACGUUGCGCCUAUGAAAGCUCUUGUUGCUGAAGUUGUUGGCAAUCUGUCUAAUCGUUUGCAGCAUUAUGGUGUGACCGUGAGGGAGCUUAGUGGCGACCAGACUUUAACUCGCCAGCAGAUUGAAGAAACUCAGAUCAUUGUCACAACUCCUGAGAAGUGGGACAUCAUUACAAGGAAGUCAGGUGAUCGUACUUAUACACAGCUUGUGAAACUUCUGAUUAUUGAUGAAAUUCAUCUUCUUCAUGAUAAUAGAGGUCCUGUGCUUGAAAGUAUUGUAGCUAGAACUGUUAGGCAGAUUGAAACUACAAAAGAACACAUCCGGUUGGUUGGUUUAUCGGCUACACUGCCAAAUUAUUUAGAUGUUGCAUUGUUCUUAAGGGUUGAUCACAAUAAAGGACUGUUCCAUUUUGACAAUAGCUAUAGGCCUGUCCCUCUUUCGCAACAGUAUAUCGGAAUCAUGGUAAGGAAGCCACUGCAGAGGUUUCAAUUGAUGAAUGAUCUCUGUUAUGAGAAGGUGUUGGCCGUAGCAGGCAAGCAUCAAGUUCUUAUAUUUGUCCACUCAAGGAAGGAGACAGCUAAGACGGCUCGGGCAAUACGUGAUACUGCACUUGCUAAUGAUACAAUUGGUAGAUUUUUGAAAGAAGACAGUGCCAGCCGUGAAAUUCUCCACACACAUACAGAUCUUGUAAAAAGCAAUGAUCUUAAAGAUCUUGUGCCUUAUGGUUUUGCAAUUCAUCAUGCUGGUUUGAACAGAGCUGACAGACAGCUUGUGGAGGAUCUCUUUGCUGAUGGGCACAUACAAGUUUUGGUCUCCACUGCUACUCUUGCUUGGGGUGUGAAUCUUCCUGCCCAUACAGUGAUCAUUAAAGGUACCCAAAUCUAUAAUCCAGAAAAAGGAGCCUGGACAGAACUAAGUCCUCUGGAUGUUAUGCAGAUGCUUGGUCGUGCCGGUAGGCCUCAAUACGAUUCAUAUGGUGAGGGAAUAAUUAUUACUGGACACAGUGAGCUUCAAUACUAUCUUUCUUUGAUGAAUCAACAACUUCCUAUUGAAAGUCAGUUUGUUUCCAAACUGGCUGAUCAGUUGAAUGCUGAAAUUGUACUUGGUACUGUUCAGAAUGCCAAAGAGGCUUGUAGUUGGCUUGGGUACACUUACUUAUACGUUCGCAUGAUUCGAAAUCCCACUCUCUAUGGUUUGGAAGCUGACGUUCUCAAGAGGGAUGUAACUCUGGAAGAACGACGAGCUGAUCUGAUUCAUUCUGCUGCUACCAUCUUGGAUAAGAACAACUUGAUCAAGUAUGAUAGGAAAAGUGGAUAUUUCCAGGUUACAGAUUUGGGUCGUAUUGCUAGUUACUACUAUAUAACACAUGGAACAAUAGCUGCAUAUAAUGAGCAUUUGAAGCCUACAAUGGGAGAUACUGAGCUUUGUCGUCUGUUCUCACUCAGCGAGGAGUUCAAGUACGUGUCUGUUAGGCAGGAUGAAAAAAUGGAACUAGCAAAGCUUCUUGAUCGAGUUCCAAUUCCCGUCAAAGAAAGUCUGGAAGAGCCUAGCGCCAAGAUUAAUGUUUUGCUGCAAGCCUACAUCUCUCAACUGAAGCUUGAAGGGCUUUCAUUGACAUCCGAUAUGGUGUAUAUAACUCAGAGUGCUGGACGGCUUCUUCGAGCUCUUUUUGAAAUAGUUUUGAAACGAGGAUGGGCGCAAGUAGCAGAGAAGGCUUUGAACUUGUGCAGGAUGGUAACCAGGAGAAUGUGGAGUGUACAAACACCCCUCCGCCAAUUCCAUGGAAUAUCUAAUGAUAUUCUAAUGAAGUUGGAAAAGAAGGACUUGGCUUGGGAAAGGUACUAUGAUCUCUCAUCUCAAGAGCUUGGGGAGCUAAUUCGUGCCCCAAAGAUGGGAAAAACACUACACAGGUACAUUCACCAGUUUCCAAAAUUAAACCUUACAGCCCAUGUUCAGCCAAUUACUCGCACUGUCUUGAGGGUUGAGCUCACUAUUACACCUGAUUUCCAAUGGGAGGACAAAGUUCAUGGAUAUGUGGAGCCAUUUUGGGUAAUUGUGGAGGAUAAUGAUGGUGAAUUUAUUCUUCAUCAUGAGUAUUUUCUGCUGAAAAAGCAGUAUAUUGAUGAGGACCACACUUUGCAUUUUACUGUUCCAAUUUACGAACCUCUGCCACCCCAGUACUUCAUCCGUGUUGUGUCAGAUAAGUGGCUUGGAGCACAAACUGUUUUACCUGUUUCCUUCAGACACCUCAUCCUACCUGAAAAGUAUCCUCCUCCAACAGAGUUGCUGGAUUUGCAACCAUUGCCUGUCACUGCUUUGAGAAAUUCAUUAUAUGAAGGUCUUUACGUGGAUUUUAAGCAUUUCAAUCCUGUUCAGACUCAGGUUUUCACCGUUCUUUAUAAUUCAGAUGACAAUGUAUUAGUAGCUGCACCAACUGGGAGUGGUAAGACCAUAUGUGCAGAGUUUGCCAUAUUGAGGAAUCAUCAAAAGGGGCAUAUGAGAGCAGUGUAUAUUGCACCCAUUGAAGCUCUUGCUAAGGAGAGGUACCGGGACUGGAAAAACAAGUUUGAGGAGCGUCUGGAGCUGUCUGUUGUUCAAUUAACUGGGGAAACAGCUACAGACUUGAAAUUGAUUGAGAAAGGAAAUAUUAUAAUUAGUACUCCAGAGAAAUGGGAUGCUUUAUCACGCCGCUGGAAACAAAGGAAGUAUGUUCAGCAAGUUAGUCUGUUUAUUAUAGAUGAACUUCACUUGAUUGGAGGUCAAGGUGGUCCUGUCCUAGAGGUUAUAGUUUCUAGGAUGAGAUACAUAGCUAGUCAGGUUGAGAAUCAGAUUCGCAUUGUUGCAUUAUCAACCUCUCUUGCAAAUGCAAAGGAUCUCGGGGAAUGGAUAGGAGCUAGCUCUCAUGGCCUUUUUAAUUUCCCUCCUGGUGUGCGGCCUGUGCCAUUGGAAAUCCACAUUCAAGGAGUGGAUAUUACAAAUUUUGAAGCAAGGAUGCAAGCUAUGACGAAACCAACAUACACUGCUAUCGUCCAGCAUGCCAAGAAUGAAAAACCAGCAAUAGUGUAUGUUCCUACUAGAAAGCAUGUCCGUCUCACAGCUAUGGAUCUGAUGACUUACUCAAAUGCAGAUGGUGGAGGAAAGCCACCAUUUUUGUUGGGUUCACUGGAUGAUCUUCAGCCCCUUAUUGAUGGACUCCAGGAUGAAAUGUUGAAAGUGACUGUGAGUCAGGGGGUCGGUUACUUGCAUGAGGGCUUGUCUAAUUUGGACCAAGAGGUUGUUUCUCAGCUUUUCCAAGCUGGACGGAUUCAAGUGUGUGUCAUGAGUAGUUCAAUGUGUUGGGGAAUGCCAUUGUCGGCUCAUUUGGUGGUUGUGAUGGGAACCCAAUACUACGAUGGUCGUGAAAAUGUCCACACAGAUUAUCCCGUCACGGAUUUGUUGCAGAUGAUGGGUCAUGCUAGUCGGCCGUUGCUAGAUAAUUCCGGGAAAUGUGUGAUCCUCUGCCAUGCACCUCGUAAAGAAUAUUACAAGAAGUUUUUGUACGAAUCAUUCCCAGUUGAAAGCCAUUUACACCACUACUUGCAUGAUAAUCUAAAUGCUGAAGUCGUUGCUGGAAUUAUUGAGAACAAGCAAGAUGCUGUGGAUUACCUUACAUGGACCUUCAUGUACAGAAGGCUUGCACAGAAUCCCAACUAUUACAAUCUUCAGGGAGUUAGCCACAGGCAUCUUUCUGACCACCUGUCUGAGCUUGUAGAGAAUACUCUGAAUGAUUUGGAGGCAAGUAAGUGUGUGGUUAUUGAGGAUGACAUGGAUCUUUCUCCGUCAAAUCUUGGUUUAAUUGCCUCGUACUACUAUGUCAGCUAUGCUACUAUUGAGAGAUUUAGCUCCUCAUUAACCGCCAAGACAAAGAUGAAGGGUCUUCUAGAAAUCCUGUCUUCUGCUUCAGAGUAUGCACAACUCCCUAUACGACCUGGUGAAGAUAAUCACGUUCGGAGGCUAAUCAAUCACCAGAGAUUUUCUUUUGAAAAUCCCAAAUGUGCAGAUCCUCAUGUGAAAGCAAAUGCUCUACUUCAGGCCCAUUUCUCAAGGCAACCUUUGGGUGGAAAUUUGGCUCUUGACCAACGAGAGGUGCUCCUUUCUUCGAGCAGGUUGCUACAAGCAAUGGUUGAUGUGAUUUCAAGCAACGGAUGGCUGAGCUUAGCUCUUCUCGCAAUGGAGGUGAGCCAGAUGGUUACACAAGGCAUGUGGGAACGUGAUUCCAUGCUUUUACAACUUCCUCAUUUCACAAAGGAGCUGGCAAAAAGAUGCCAGGAAAACCAAGGCAAAAGUGUAGAGACAGUGUUCGAUUUGGUGGAGCUGGAGGAUGAUGAGAGGCGUGACUUACUCCAGAUGACAGAUUCACAGUUGCUGGAUAUUGCCAAGUUUUGUAAUCGCUUCCCCAAUAUUGAUAUGAGUUAUGAAGUAUUGGAGGGUGAUAAUGUGACUGCCGGGGAUGUUGUUACGUUGCAAGUUACUCUUGAGCGGGAUCUUGAAGGAAGGACAGAGGUGGGGCCGGUAGAUGCUCCACGGUAUCCAAAGGCGAAAGAAGAAGGGUGGUGGCUUGUAGUCGGUGAUACGAAGAGUAACUCAUUGAUCGUCAUUAAAAGGGUUUCCCUCCAAAGAAAGCUAAAGGUGAAGCUUGAUUUUACAGCUCCUACAGAAGUGGGAAAGAAGAAUUACACACUCUAUUUCAUGUGUGAUUCCUACUUGGGUUGUGAUCAGGAAUAUAAUUUCAGUGUUGAUGUGAAGGAAGGAGGGCCUGAGGAAGAAGAAUAGAACUGACAAUUCUGAUUUUUGUUUCUGUUAAACUCCCAUAUAGUAGUCUUUUUGCAGUUAAGACAGCAAAACUUUUGACACUAAUGUUUUCUUCUAUUUAAAUUUGUAAUGUUUUACUAGAACAAGUGAUGCAACUUUUCAAUGAAUGAAUUUUCUUCUACUUUAGCAAUAUGUUUCUUGCUCAAGUAGAAAGAAUGGAAAUCCCAUUUUCAA